AUGUCAGUAGAUGAUUUAGAGAUUCAAAGAAAUUUAGACCAAGGAAAGCAAUUCUCCUUUCCUUCAGAGCAUUAUUUAGAUCGGAAAAAGAUCAUUAGAAGCUUGCCUAAUGAGGUUGACUUAUUUGAUUUAUCGAGUGUCAACUUAGAGAAAAUUUAUAAAGAUCUUCGGAAAUUGGAUGAGGACAAAUCCGUUCAGUUGAAAUAUUAUAAGAAGUAUUUAAGAAAUUAUGAUGAUUUGAUUAACAAUUUGAUACAAGAGUUCAAUGGAAUAAAUUCUAAAUUUAAGUCUUUGAGAAGGGAAGAAAUUACAAAUCUUUCGUUAUCUCCUUCAGCUUUUUAUUAUAAAGAAAAUUUAUUGAAUCAACCUUACAACGUUGUUGGGUUUGAUAGAAGUAUAAGUGGAUUACCUUUACGUACAGGCAAAAAUAAAUUAACUGACGUUUGUUAUCCUAAAGAGUUUAUCGAAGACUUGCAAAUGUACAGAAAAAAAAUACCUAUUCAUAAGCGGGACUUGAAUUUUUUAGAACAAGAGAAGGAUUCUGUUAAUAUCGAUCCAAAAUAUUUGAACAAAAGACCAAUUCGAAAUGAAAUUGAUGACAACUUCAAUAAAUUCUUGGACAUUAUUUAUGAAAACGAAGUUCCUGAGUUUACAAUUCACUACGAAAAUGUGAAUCAGUAUAAUUUAUUACCUAAUAUCUCUCAAGAGUUAUAUGAUGACUUCGAAAAUGAGAUCUUCCAAUUACGGAGCUUUUUGCAGAGUCAAAUUAAAUCCCAUAUUACUAAAAAUGGUUCCAAAAUUUUAUUAUUUGGCAAUCAGGAAAUUAAGACAAACCAAUUUAAAUUAUGUGAAAUCCUAAAACCAAAUCACCUAAAUGCAUCGUCUUUAUUGGUUAUUAACUACAACCUAAAGCAGUUCAAUGCUUUUCCAAACUAUUCUGCAUUAUUGAAUUCCAGAAGACAAGUGAAGAACUUAUCUAAUCAUUUGUUCAAGCUAUUUUUAAUCAAUUUAGAAGAUCAAAUUGAUACUUUGAUCAGAAUGAAGUAUCAUGGUACAAAUGAUAUGAAGAAUUUUAUGAAGCACUUGAAAUCUACAAUAAAAUCUACUAUUAUGAAUAAAUUGAUUCCUUCCUGCAUUUCUAACAUUAGACAGCGUCAGCCAUACUACCAUAUUGAUGCUUUGAUUCAUGACGUUUCUUCAAAUAUUCCGUUCAAAAGAAUUUAUUGGAAAGAUUAUUCCUUAUAUAAUUCGGUUUCUCCGAGAUCUAAGAACUAUAAUAAUCACAAGCAUAGCUUCAUAGUGAACAAGAUGAUGUUGGAAUCUUAUAUCAACAGAGGUGUGCGCGCAUCAAAAUAA